AUGGAUUUCGUCUCCAACACCUCCAAGCGCUCCGGCCAAAUGGUGCAGAAAAUACGUCAACACUUCCUCACACAGCUCGACACGAUCCCCAUCACUAUCCCCACGUCCACCGGCGCCGCUCCAUCCGUACCCGGCGGUCAGCACGACCUGGAGCAGCAGCAGCAACAACAACUACAGCGACAGCAGCUGCAGCUACAGCAACGGCAACCUCUGUGGUCGUCCUUCCCGCUUGGACUAAUUCCGGAGGAUGUCCGGCUGACCGUGUUAUCGUUUUUACCCGCUGGGGAGCUGUCCAGCAUUCGGAGAGCGAGCCGAGACUUCCUCCAAACGGCCGAUCGUCACGCGGACGUCCUGUGGGGUAGGCUCAACCGCUGCGAAUUUCCUUCCGUCUCGGCACCAACAGGACCAGCAGCCCAAGAAACGAACUGUCUCUCGCCACAUCAGCGCCGCGCCGCCCUGUCCACCGUGGUCGUGGACAACGACAAGGUCCUCUUCGAUUUCCGCCGCCGCGGCUUCUACACCGGCCCCGUCAACUUCUUGCCGCUCAGCACCCUCGUCAUGGACAACCCCACCCCGCUGGCUCCGCUGCUGCUGCCGCUGCUCCUGCCGCCGCAGAGGAGGAUCGGCAUCGUCCCCGCUGGCACGGAAGACGGCGACGGCCGGGAAGAGGGCGCCAACCUGUUGCCUCGGGCGCCCGAGUCGCCCGCCCCGGCCGGCUUCCUCGGCUACGCCGUGCGCCUGCUGCGCCUGCGGCCGGAGCACGAGCCCCUGCGGUGGACAGCGCUGUUCGCCCUCUUCAGGGACCUGGCUGUUUUCGAGACCACCGAGCAGGCGGAGGCUGUUCGCGCCCGUGUUCCCGACCGGCGGCUGUUCUACUGCGCGCUCGACCACCCCGGGGCUCAAGACGAACCCUGCCCUCCCGGAGGGCGGUCUUUGCCACACAUUAGUCACUGGGGUUUUCAUGGCGUGCUGGCCGAUAGCGGUCUAGGCGGCGGGGAGGGCGAGGUGCCCGGAGUAAGAGACCGCGCGGGGGAGACGGUGGGGGAUGCCUUGGAGAGGCAAGAAAGGACUGCCUGUUUCGCCAGAAGCUCGCUCGCGUUCCUGCAGUACGGCGGCGGGGUCUGA